AUGUGGGUGUCAGCCGCGUGCGAAAUACAGUGGAAACUUUCCAUCCUUGGUUUCGGCUAUAUUGCAGUCUGCAAGCUGAGCACUGAGCGGACGUAUGUUGCUGAAUUGGAAUCGCUUGUCGAGCACUACGUGGAGCCGUUUCAUUCGCCUGAUCUUCAACAAGGUGUCGCGUUACCGAUACGUGGUCGAAGUGAUUUGGUGUUUGGCAACCUUCGCGAACUUCUCCAUUUCCAUUCACGAUUUCUCUUACCGGAAUUGUUAGCAAAUGAAAAUUCGUCAGCUGGAAUUUGUCGUGUGUUCAUUCAGCACGCGAAUAGAUUUCUCUCAUUGUAUCACGCCUAUUGUCAGAACAAGGCCGCCAGUGAUGCUAUACGCAAGGAAUUUUGUGAAAUGUCAUCAUUUUUCGCGGAUUGUCAGCGACGUGCUGGCCAUCCCUUGCCGUUGGGAGCUUAUUUGCUGAAGCCUGUUCAAAGGAUCACCAAAUAUCAGUUGCUUCUGCGAGAACUUGAGCGACACUGUCGACCGGAGGUACGAUCUGAAGUAGCUGCUGCGUUGUCGACAAUGUUGGAACUUCUCGCACAGAUCAACGCUGCCAUCCAUCAAUUGCACAUUUCUGGGUUUAAUGGUGACCUGCGCCUUUUGGGACCACUUCGAUUGCAAUCGGAAUGUGACGUCUUCCAGUUCAGUCGUAAGAAGAAGGGAAAGACGGCUCGUGCUCAACGACGGCAUUUGUUCUUGUUCGAUGGUGGGAUCCUGUUCUGUAAGAAGCGGAAUGCUCCAAAUCAGCCCUCAUCACUGGAUCCCGAGUACUACGAGCACAAAAUGUGUAUUCCAAUGUCAUCCCUGGGUUUCUCUGAGUUGUCCCGUUCCGGUGGUUCACGUUUCGAACUGUGGGACGAGGCGAAGUCUGAUGCGUACGCGAUUGAAACGUUGGACGCUGAACAACGUCAGCGAUGGAUUCAACGCCUUUCACGAGUCGCACCUCGAGAAGACCAACUAGUUCGACAACGACCGAAGAGCUGGACGAGCACGAUCUCGAAUGAUUCGACGUGUUCAAGUAGUACGAGAAGUAGCGAUAGUGAAGUGCCAGUUGACACGAACGGUAACUCGAAGUCGACCGCAGUGUUCGCCCCGUCUUCAGAAAGCCCAGAUAGUACUGCAGUAAGUCUUUGUGGCAAUCACCCUUUGAGCCCAACUUUGUCGACGUGA